UCAUUCACAACCUGAAGCAUUCAAAAUUCACAAACCUUAACUUUCAAGUCUUUUUUAGACAAAUUUCUACUCAAGUCUCCACAAGUAGAAUACAACUAUGGGUUUUCGUUUACCUGGUAUCAGAAAGGCAUCAGUAGCUGCAAACCAAGCAUCUUCUAAAGCUAUGGAGGUACCAAAGGGCUAUCUUGCAGUGUACGUUGGAGAGAAAAUGAAGCGGUUUGUGAUCCCCAUUUCAUACUUGAUCCAGCCAUCAUUCCAAGACUUGUUGAGUCAAGCAGAGGAAGAGUUUGGAUAUGAUCAUCCCAUGGGUGGACUUACAAUUCCAUGCAGCGUAGAGGUCUUCCAAGACAUAACCUCAACCUCGAAUUGACUACAAGUCUAAGUACUGUAGAAGACUGACCAAGUUUUGUAAUUUGUAUAGACAUUUUUGACAUUAGUCAUCUCAAUAUGUAAAGAUAACACUUUUUUGAGAAACUGGAAAAAUGGAAAGACCAUCAGAAUGACGAAUUUGUUCAUACCUUUCUCUCUCUCUUUUUUUUUUUGAUGAAUAACAAUGAAUUCCA